CCUGCUUUCUGGGCAGAGAAAUUUAUAACGACAAACAAACAGUUUGAAAUUAGCCGUAAUUAGAUAAGAUAACGAACUUUAAAAAUAAAUUAAGGUGUUAAUGCUAACCAACUGAUAAUGCUUUAAACGUUCAGAAAGCGAGCAACAUUAACCAGCUAAAGCCAACAUGAGCCAAUGUCAAAGUUAAACAAAAACCGGAAUCACCGCGCAUAGUCAACAGCUCGCCGAGAGCCAUCAACGAACCAAAUCGAUCAGGAAUAUUUAAGGACAGUUUGCCUUAGGAACCACUUAGCUUUAACCACCAACAAUAGCCAUAAAAUAGAAUCGAGAUCUAAGCCAAAAUGCCUGCGACAGCCACAUCGAAGCCAAGACCUCCGGUCGUCGAGGAGGGAAUGACGCCCAAGAAAACCGCCUUGAUCAUUGUCACCGUGAUCGGAUGCAUCGCCAUUCUGUGGCCUAAGGUUUUCCAUCCCAUGAUGUUCGGCGGUGUUCCGCCUCCCAAGCAAAACUUCAAGGAUCAGCGAGCAGCGACACCUGGCGGAUGUUGUGACGUUGUGCUUGACAGGGAGCAGUUUAUGAAUGUCUCAAAGAAGGACACUGUUGAGCCUUUCGGUCCGCAUUUGUAUCGCAAACAAAUCAAUGUUUACACGGGCGAAAUAAGUCUGCGCCAGGAGCGUCCAGCCCACCUGCAUCCGGAAUCUAUAUAUCAGGCGAUGAGGGAGCGGGGUCGUGCCAUCCCCGCCACUCCCACAGUUCCGAUUGUGGAGCAACGCAAGAGCUCACCUAGUAAUCCGCCUCCGCGGAUCGUCGACGGACGGCCCGGACCCAUUCCUGGGAUGCGCCCGCCCAUGGGAGCCGGAGCUCUGCAUCAACCACAGCAGCGUGGCAGUAGCAUGGGAUUCCUGAUGCCGCUUUACACGAUCGGAAUUGUGGUGUUCUUUGGAUACACGCUCAUGAAGAUAAUGUUCAAGAACAAGGGUCCCAAUGAACCCUACGGACCGGCACCUGUGAAUCCUGCCUUCCGUCAGGAGGUCUUUGGCCAACAGAACCACAGUCAGGUGGAGGAUUUGGCCAGCAGCAAGUUAGGCUGGCGAGAGCAUCAGACAAGAUCUGCUGCCGCUACUGCCGCCGUGAAGAAGCUGCCGGCCGCCAAGGACACCGAAAAGGAGCUACUCAACGCCAGUCUGUCGGCCACCGAGGUGGCCAGCAGCCUGUCCAACUCGCUGAAGCACCACCAGCAGCUGAAGGAGGCCGAGCAGCUGAUGGAGAUCGAGAAGCUGCGCCAAAAGCUCGAGUCCACGGAGCGGGCGAUGGCCCAGCUGGUGGCCGAAAUGAACACCGAUCAGUAUGAGGCCAAGAAAAACGACAACGAAAAAACGAGAGAGCAACUAGACGAGCAGAACCUUUCCAACGGACAUGCAAACACCGAACAAAAUCAGGAACAAGCGAAGGGAGGCAGGAAACGCCGGGAUCUGAGCGCUGAACGGGAGCUAACGGUACUCGGCAUGGAGUUAACAGCCAGUUGCGAGGGCGGCCAAAAGUGGACUGGACGCCCUCCAACGCCUGUUUUCCGAUCGCCAAGCGAACAUUCCAAAUUGGAAGAAAACUUGCCAGAGCCGCAGUCCAUUUACUUGGAAGGCGCUUUGGCCCACGAGUCUCAGAUCCUGGUGGCCGACUCCCAAAUCAAACGCGAAGAGGUCUACGACUCUGAGCUCAAUGGAUCAGCCGAGGAACCAGCCAUCAUUCUUAGCAGCAGAAUGACAUUGUCAUUGAUUAAUUUGGACGCAAAUCAACUGAAUGGAAAUGCCGGCAAAUCCGCAGUGGAAAGUCCUCUGGCUGAUGACAUCGAAAUAAUUGGACACGACGAGCAGUAGACAAAGAUCUAUACUUGAAUGUAUACCGAUCGAAUUUUUGAUAUAUUUUGGCAAUGAUAUGAUAACGACUUGAUUCAGACGAAACUAUAAAUUAUGACUGAUUAACACGAAACAGAUUUGCCAAUAAUUUGAUAUCUAAUUUGUAUAUACAUAUUGUAUGUUUUGAUAUCUUUGUUUUGAUUUUAAAACGCCAAAGUUUUGUCUCCCUUUGAAAAUCCACAAACCAAAGCCCUGUCUUUCUGCUCUUCAAAAACUUUUCUCAUUUUCGGUCAAACGUAAACCUACUUGCAUGUCGGAAAAACUCUUUAACUCGAUUAGAAAACUUGCGCUCUUUGCAAGCUGCAUGAUUUUAUGUGAAUACUGUUAGUUGAAAGUCAAUGCAAAACUAGUCUACCACUAAGCUAAGCGCAUAUGUAUUUCUUCGCAUCAAGAACCCGUAGUUAUUUGGCAAGGAAAAUUACCCACAAAAAGAUCCGAUCGAUUGCACAUUAUGAUUAAACAAAUAAAGUUAGUGCCACAGCGUUUGUGAACCUAGUAUAAUGAAUAAAUUGAAAACCGAACUUGA